UUGAUAUUAAUAAACAAAUUGGGAUCUUCAAUUUCUAUAUUGGAGAUUCCAAUGUCAGUUUCCCUCUUCUUCCUCGUUUGACUUUAACUCUCAUCUCAUGGUAGUUACAGUUGCAGAGCCAGAAAAAUGAGAGCUUUCACCACUACAACUACAAUUACAAGAGAAGGACUCCUCUUCCUUCUCUUUCUUCUUGUAACCAAUCUUUCUCUCUCCGAAUGUUCACCCCAUUGCAAAGCCUGGCUCGUCCAGUCAAUCCCAACCGAUAUGCCACACCUCCAUCGUGUACCUGGAGUCCUCUCUACUGGAGACGUAUUCCAAUGGCUUGCUGGGAAUUCAACUCAUCGAUUGGACAUAAUCGCACAGUAUUGGCAGCUGAUUGCUUCUCCUAAAAAUCCUAAGUCAGGGGAUUAUGGAUACUCCAAAAAGGAUUUACAGAGAUUUGGUGCUAAGCAAGGUGCUGAUGUUUAUAAAGCUUUAGAUAAAGCUGCUAAUAGAAAUGUUAGUAUCAGGUUACUAUCUCACUCGGGAGUAUAUCCUGAGUUUACCAAAGAACCAACGGAGCUUGCUUCAGGAAGACCAAACGUAAAGACUGUAACUUUAUUACUUGAUCAAUGGUGGGGUUCAGGUAUAGUUCAUGCUAAAGUAUGGAUUUCAGAUCGUCGAGAUGUUUAUAUUGGAUCUGCAAAUAAUGACUGGAAAUCUUUAACUCAGGUGAAAGAAGUUGGAAUUUAUCUUGUUGGCUGUUCAAGAAUAGCCAAAAAGGUAGAAGCCUAUUUUAACAACCUAUGGACACUUUCAGCUCUCAAUUCUUCACAUCUUACCAGAACCAUAUCGGAUCAACAGUGGCAGAUUAACCGAAAAGUGCCUUGUUGGUCACAUUUCAUCGAAACAGACAGCAGGUGUAGGGAACCUUUUCCACCAGUUGUGAAAAUUCCUCAUGUAGUGGGAUAUCCCAUCAUAUCAGAUCCUGUCUUGUUUAAAUUACCAAUUCAAACUCCUGGAAAUAACUAUUCAACUUCUGAGCUUCAGUCCAGCUAUCUCUCUUUCUCCCCUCCAGAGGUAUCAUUUGGCAGGUACCAGGCUGAUGAGCAGGCAUGGUUAGAAACUAUCAAAUCUGUUAGUAACAGAGCCACUUUGAGGAUAAGUACCAUGGAUUGGCUUGGCCAAUCUCAAUAUACAAAGCAAACAGUUUACUGGUCAUCUCUUUCCUCUGCAGUAUCUGAGGUUGUGUUCUCAAAGCAAGCAAAAGUGAAGAUAUUGGUGGCAUACUGGGAUCAUUUCAUCAACAACACAGACCAAUAUCUCAAGUCACUCCUCUACUCCAAUGUACUAUGUUCUUCAUCAAAAUACAAUAAAUGUCAUGGGAAAGUUGAGAUCAAAUACUACAUGGUUCCUGGUUUCAACUUGACAGGACCAGCCAUUAGUCAUGGGAAAAAGACUGGAAAUGUUUACCCUGGUUAUACCAGGGUGAACCAUGGAAAGUAUGCUGUAAGUGAUGUACGAGCUCAUAUCGGAACAAGCAAUCUAGUGUGGGAUUAUUUUUACACAACUGCAGGAGUGAGCUUUGGCACUAAUAACACUGCCCUUGUUUCUCAAUUACAACAUAUCUUUGAUGCUGAUUGGAAUUCCCCAUAUGCAAUUCCUAUUGAAGAGUUGGAAGAUGGUCUUUCAUGUUCAAGUUAAUGUCUUACUAUCCCAGCUUUCUUUUUCAGCACUUCACCUCUGCUUGGCCCACUUCUAAUUAUGUACAAUUAUUAGUUCAAGGAAAGUACAGCUUUUAAAUAAAGUUUAUCUAAGCAAAUUAUAAGUUAUAUAUAAUAUAUAUAGGGAGUCUGUGCUAAAGAUUGUCGUCUCUAAUACGAUGAUCGUAGAAUAUUUUAAUUCUUAUAUAUUUUAUGACGAUAUUCAUUGUUGUAAUAGUGGACUUCCUCUAAAUUUUUAAAAAAUUCUAAAUAUUUUACAGUACUGAAAA